AUGUCUCUCCGCAACCUCAAAGCCACUGCUGCAGACGCGGCAUCACACCUACUCGAAACAUUCUCCAAUAAAACCAUCAUCCGCCGUCAAUUUCUCGACGGAAACCAGCUCCAGAAAUUAGCACUCACACUUAAUCGGCCAGUCCUGGACGGCCAAGACGUAUCUGAGAAGCCGCCAAUUAAAGGCACGCCUAUACCGCCUGGCUACCACCUCGUGUACUUCACACCAAAUGGGACAGAACCUGAAUUAGGCGCUGAUGGGAGCGAUACCACUUAUAAUGCCUCUGAGCCGUUCACGCGGAGGAUGUGGGCUGGUGGUAGGAUGACAUGGGCUCCUACUGUGCCGCUUCGGGUUGGUGAUAAGAUUAUGGAGAAGACGAUGUUGCUGAGCGCGACGCCGAAGAAGAGCCGAUCAGCUGGGGAGAUGGUCCUCGUGGAGGUUAAGAAGGAGUUUUGGGGGCCGAAGGGUUUAGCGUUGACGGAUCAGAGGUCCUGGGUGUUUAGACCUGAGAUUGAUCCUAGUACUGUGAGAGAGCAGCCCAGAGUGCUUGAGGAUGCUGUCCGUGGGCCAUCACUUAUCAGAGAUCUUGAUGCCAAGAGUGAAGGUGUCCCCAUCAGAGAACUGCGCUGGUCGCCAGUCGGCCUCUUCAGAUUCUCAGCGCUUACCUUCAAUGGCCAUAUGAUACACUACAACCAAGACUGGACUCGUAACGUUGAAGGCCAUCCAGCUGAAGUUGUUCAUGGCCCUCUCAACCUCAUAAACCUGCUGGAUUACUGGCGAGACAAUCACGGCAAUGGCGGAAGCCCAGGAGGUAUCACAUACAGAGCCAUGUCACCUCUGUAUGCUGGUCAGACGUAUAAUAUACGGACCUCAGCUGAAGGCGGGAAGACUUGGGAAAUCCUUGUUGAGAAAGAUGGGACGGUUUGUAUGAAGAGCGAGAUCACGGGAUUUUGA